CUAGGUCUUUUAUUUUGAAGACCAACUCAAUUCCACUGUUGUGAGAGAGAAGCUUGCUUCACAAUUCGGUCUAGCGCGCAGAGAAGGACAAAAAGCUUCGAAGUGUAUCUGGCGGUUUUGGUACUCGAUACAUCGUCAAGAGGGUUGUAUAGCGAGUCGCUGUCAAGAUGUCUGACAACGAAGAACAAGAGCAGACCAUAGCUGAGGACUUGGUUGUCACCAAGUACAAAAUGGGGGGUGACAUCGCCAACCAGGCACUGUGCGUGGUCAUUGAAGCAGCCAAAUCAGGGGUGUCUGUACUCAGCCUCUGUGAGAAGGGAGAUGCCUACAUAAUGGCAGAAACUGGCAAGGUCUUCAGAAAGGAAAAAGAAUUGAAAAAAGGCAUUGCCUUCCCCACCAGCGUCUCAGUCAAUAACUGUGUUUGCCACUUCUCUCCCCUGAAGAGUGACCCCGACUACAUACUUAAAGAUGGGGACCUGGUCAAAAUUGAUCUUGGCGUGCAUGUUGAUGGCUUCAUCUCGAAUGUGGCUCACAGCUUUAUUGUGGGAGCUACCAAGGAGGCUCCAGUGACCGGGAGGAAAGCUGACGUGAUCAUGGCAGCUCACUUGUGUGCGGAGGCAGCGUUGCGUCUGGUGAAGCCUGGCAACCAGAACUCACAGGUGACAGAGGCUUGGAACAACAUCGCUAAGUCAUUUAAGUGCACAGCCAUCGAGGGUAUGUUAUCUCAUCAGCUGAAGCAACACAUUAUCGAUGGAGAGAAAACAAUCAUUCAGAAUCCCACUGACCAGCAAAGAAAAGACCACGAGAAAGCGGAGUUUGAGGUGCACGAGGUCUAUGCUGUUGAUGUUCUGAUCAGCACCGGAGAGGGGAAGGCCAGGGAUGGAGGCCAGAGGACCACCAUUUACAAGAGGGACCCCAGUAAGCAGUAUGGGCUGAAGAUGAAGACCUCUCGCAUGUUCUUCAGCGAGGUGGAGCGACGCUUCGACGCUAUGCCCUUCAAUCUCCGGGCAUUUGAGGAUGAAGCCAAAGCACGCCUGGGAGUGGUAGAAUGUGCCAAGCACGAGCUGCUGCAGCCUUUCAGCGUACUCAACGAGAAGGAAGGAGAGUUUGUGGCCCAGUUUAAGUUCACAGUGUUGCUGAUGGCUAACGGUCCCCAUAGAAUCACCUGUGGACCGUUUGAGCCAGAGCUGUACAGGUCAGAGCAUGAGGUGCAGGAUGCAGAGCUGAGGACUCUACUACAGAGCUCGGCCAGUCGCAAGACACAAAAGAAGAAGAAAAAGAAGGCCUCUAAAAAUGUGGAAACCGCUACUGGACAGCCAACCGAGCAGAGCAAGGAAGCAGCAGAGUAGUUGGCUACCUGUUUUCAGACAUACUGACACAUGUACACACGCACCCUAAAGAACUGAAAGUAAAUCUUGCCCCUCUGUUAGUUGUUUUUUACCCUCAUGCCCUUUUCUAGCAUAUGCCCCAUUGAUUCAAUCUGAUUUGGAGUUGAGCCUGCUGAAAGGCCCUCAUCUGUUCAUUUUUUUAUGUUCCCAUUCGGUUGAUUCUGGACUCUGAAUAAGCAUCAGACCCUUGUAACACAUCGGUGCAAACAACAUUAUAUGGAGGUUAUCUGCCAUUGGUGGCAUAUGAGAUUGUGGAAACAAAUAGUUUUUACCCCACAUCUUUAGAGAUGCCAGGAUUCUGAGAAGUUGUGAUGUAGUUGAAGUCUUAUAAAUGUUGUAAAAAAAUGCUUUGUUUUUAAUUAAUUUCAUGAUAACCCCAAAACAUUUCUUGUGAAACAAUUAAGUGGUGCCAGUCACACUAAGAAUUUAAACCCGGAAGCAGUAUUUCCAGGAAACUAAGUUAGCAACUGAUCUUUUGGCCUUGAAUCUUAUUUGGUGAAACGUUACGAUUACGUAAACGUGACAAUUUGAAGGUUGGAGCACAGCAUUCAGAAGACAAUUCUUACAUCAAUACUUGAAGAGUUCCUGUAGUGGGAACACAAACACUGCUACACUUACUGCCACCCCCUCUUUACUGAUAGGGGAUUGUUUUAUUGAAUGGGGUCGGGAUGUUUUCUGCCAAAUUGUUUUUAAAUUCUAUUUAUUUUUAAAUGACAAUACCUCAUUAAUGUGGUAUUGUAUCAAUGAGGUAUCUACUAAUACCAUUAAAGUGGAACUUCUAAAAAAAAAAAUAUUCACAACUGCUUCAAAUCUUGUUUAUGCAAACCCAUUUUGCGAGUGAGAAAAUCUUGUCAUAUUGCAAAAUACUAAGUUGACGAUAGUAGUACAUUUUCAUUUUUAUGGCAUAACCAGUGUCGAAUACUUAUUUGUACCUAAUGAAAUAAAAUUACCUUUUAAUAUGC